AUUUCCAAAGCUGUCCCAAGCGCAUCCCUUCAACCAAUCAACAGCAACAAUGCAGGCUUUCAUCGUUCUCGCUGUCAUCGUGGCUGGCGUCGCGGCCGCCCCCCAGUACCCGGAAAUGUCGUACAACGCGUACAACAUGCCGCAGGAGCCCCGCUUCGAGGCGUACAACAUGCAGCCACAGUACGACACCCAGUACCAGUACCAGCCCCAGUACCAGGCCCAGCCCCAGAGCGAGCAGCUGACCGCCGACGGUUACAAGAUCGUGCCCGGCAUCGUUGAUGCCCGCUGCCCCCGUGCCGACGACCCGAUGAAGCCGGUCCAUCUGCCAGUGAACGGAAACUGUGGCAAGUUCAUGAAGUGCUUCGGUGGCCGCGCCUACGAGAUGGACUGCCCGGCCGGGCUCGAGUUCGGCUCGAAGGUGAACCGUUGCGACUAUCCCGCCCUGGCCCAGUGCUCGCGCUUCUAACUCCCUGCUAACUAGCGGACAGCACACAAUUGUGUGCAAAGUCCCUAGCGCGUGGCUGUAGAUGCUACCACCGGAAGCAUCCGGACAUUGGUUGAAUAAAGUAUCUGGUUUUUGCUCUGAAA